UGGACAAACCUUUGCUUUAUGUCAGCGCCUCGUGUGACGACCGUCAUGAUUUACCCAUCCCUAUUUAAGCCAAAAGAAAGAACACAUUCUACCAUCACCGCCACCACCUUUUGAUCGUUCAUCUACAUUCCCCGAAUCCCUACCUCUCGAGCCGUCGAUUUCUUCCUUCGAUCUCCCAUCGUCGUCGCCCCCAAGAUGGCAAACGCAGCAUCAGGAAUGGCAGUAAAUGAUGAUUGCAAGCUGAAGUUUUUGGAGCUGAAGGCUAAGCGAGCUUAUCGUUUCAUAAUCUUUAAGAUUGAUGAGAAGCAGAAGCAGGUCGUUGUGGAAAAGCUUGGCGAACCCAAUUUGACUUAUGAUGAUUUCAUUGCUAGCCUUCCUACAAAUGAAUGUAGAUAUACGAUAUAUGAUUUUGAUUUCGUGACCGAAGAGAACUGCCAAAAAAGCAAGAUCAUUUUUAUCGCUUGGUCACCUGACACAUCAAGAGUGCGAAGCAAGAUGCUUUAUGCAAGCUCCAAGGACAGGUUCAAGAGAGAACUGGAUGGCAUCCAAGUGGAGUUACAAGCAACUGAUCCAACUGAGAUGAGCCUCGAUGUGAUAAGAGGUCGUGCCAAUUGAAUAUGUGGCUAUUCGCCUCUUGUUUGUGCAUUGGAGUUGUUAUCCUGUAAUUGUUUUUCUCUUACUGAAAUUUUCAUAGUUUUGAGGGACGUUUAGAUCCCUAGAUAUUGUGUGGGCUUGUGGUUUAGGUACUAAACAGAACCUUUCUAAAGCAUCUCCAUUUUGACUAUGUCUUGCAAUC